AUGAAGACCCCGAGCAGACCGAAUUCAGUUUUUCAAACACGUUUAUACGAUUCCGAGUUUUUUUUGUCAUUCCGAGAUUUGAGCAACAACCUUUUAAAAAAAAUACUCGGUAGUCCAAUUUCCAAUACAUUGACACAACCUAUCAUUCGCAGAAGCUCGGUAAAUUCAAUGAAGAAUCCUCGAAAGAACUAUCUGAAAGUUCAAAGCAUUAAACAUGGUUUAUGUUCAUGUUCUUACUAG